AUGGAUCAACCACGCAGCUUUCAAGCCAUUCUGUUCCCUUCGGAUGGGCGGCCACACAUGGUAAUAACUAGCCACCAUCGCGACUUGUCUGAAACUCACUUCUUCAGCCUCAUAUUGGCGGUGCCAGGUCAUCAUGCCUAUUCGCAACGCCUGCCUCAUCCUGAGCAGUUUAUGGACUACAUUCCCAAGGGCUUAGGUCCACGUGCAUGGAAAUAUCAGUUGGUGGAGGCGUUGGAUGGCAUGAACUGCAAGUUCACCCACCCCUACAUUAUAUUCUACCCGACGGUCUCCAGCGAUGGCCUACCUUUCCCUAUGAACAAUUUCCUUCGCGAGAUUCAAGGACCCGCCUUCAAGGAGAGAUUAGCCUGGCGAGGAAAUAUCGUCAUUGCAAAAUACGAGGGGAAUCCCUUUUCUUCAAUGAUUGACGCAUCCAUAGCCGACUUCCCCAUACUGAAGAACUAUUUCAUGACUCACGGCUCGCCUUCUCCUUGA